UGGAAUUACUUUGUAUAUAGUUUCCAUAAGUGCAAAGUGGUGUUUCUUUGAAGACUGAACACACUGUUGGAAUUUGAAUCUGAGAAAGUGUGUGUUUUUUGUUUACAAAAUUCGAAACUCGCUUGAUGAGAAGGUUUUUAUUUGUACUGUUGCGAAUGACAGUAUUUGCGAUGGUAGAAAUAUGGAAGAAUAGCUUUGUAGCAUACUACAUAACAUGACUCUGGAACCAGGAAUUAUGUUUUUGUGUGGAGCUAUCAAUCACCCUUGAAAGUAUAUUUCGUACAAAAUAUUUACAUUUGCCGCUUCAGCUGUCAGUGAGUGGUUCGUACUAUGUACUUAAUGAAAGCUUCACCUUGUAAUUAAAUGGAUGAGAACAAUUACUUCGUUUAUCUAGAUGUAACAGUCGGAGACGAAAAAGUGGGACGAGUAGUUCUAGAGCUCUUCAAGAAAACUGCUCCGAAGACUGCUGAAAAUUUUAGGGCGUUAUGCACGGGAGAGAGAGGGAUUGGCAGCAUAGGCAAACCCUUGUGCUACAAGAAUACAGUAUUCCACAAGGCCAUUAGCUUAUUCAUGAUACAGGGAGGUGACACCACAAAUUUUGAUGGCACUGGAGGAGAAAGCAUAUAUGGCUGCGUCUUUGAGGAUGAAACAUUUGAAAGGAAGCAUUCAGGGCCAGGUGUAUUGAGCAUGGCAAAUGCUGGACCCAACACCAAUGGGUCACAGUUUUUUAUCACUGUUGUAGCUUGCCCACACCUUGAUGGGAAAAAUGUUGCUUUUGGUGAGGUCAGAGCAGGAAUGGGUGUUAUUAAGUGUGUUGCUGAACAGCCCACUGAUGAGAAUGACCGCCCACUAAAGGAUUGUGUGGUAUCUGGCUGUGGAGAGCUUGGUUAUGGUGAAGACUGGGGGAUUAAUGAGAAUGAUGGCACAGAAGACAUUUAUCCACCAUAUCCUGAAGACUGGCAGUUUCCUACCAAAGAGAUGAAUUACAUUGAAGAUGCAAUAGUGAAGAUAAAGAACUCUGGAAACCAUUACUUCAGGAAAGGAAACAUGACGAAUGCAGAAUCUAAAUAUCAAAAAGCUCUCCGGUAUAUAGAAUGCAGGCUGCGCUCUCAACCAGAAUGUAUCAACGCUGCAGCAACCACAGAACUAGCAUGCCUGCAAAAUAUGGCUGCAACAAAGUUACGUCAGAAUGUUUACCGUGAGGCUCUAAUGUACUGCAACCGUGCUCUGGCACUGGAUGCACAGAGUGUGAAAGCACUGUACAGGCGUGGUCAGGCUUGGCACAGGCUCGGGGAUUACCAGGCUGCCCAACGUGACCUCGGUAUAGCAUUGACAUUGCGGCCAGAUGAUACUCUUAUUAAGGGUGAACUCAAAUCUGUCCAGCAGGAUGCUGUUCAUUACUAUAAAUCUGAGAAACGUCUCUUCAAGAUGAUGUUUCAGUGAGUGUUUGAGCUGCAAACUUGCAAAGUGACUAUUUCAGGGGUGACAGGUACAAAAAGUAAAGUGCAAUGUUAUACAUUUACUGGUAGACCAUACCAGCAGAAGAAAGUGGUAUAAGUUUUUUAAGUAAAACUCAGGUGAUUGUUACCAAAUACAGAUGUGCUAAUUCUGAAA